UCGGCACACAGUCAAGAUGCAGAGCUUUCUGGGAGUAGCAAUCAUUCUGGCUCUUCUGAGCCUGGUGGCCAGUCAGGCGCAGAACAGCUCCCAGUCCAUGGAUCUCUAUAUACUCCAGAAUCAGCGGCAGUAUGACGCGAAGAUCAAACAGCUGGCAGAUGAGUUAGCCAACUUUAAGCAGCUAUUUCAGAAGCAAAUCAAUGCCCUGGAUGUGCAGGCGGAUUCGAUGCAACUAAAGCUGGAACAAGCCUCCGCCCAUCUGGAUCCCAUUAUCCUGAUCGAUUCCUGGAGCAAACAGUGCGUUCAGAACUAUAGUGUUACCAUACCCACGAUCACCGUGGCCAGGGACUCCAUUAUCAAGUGCAAGGAAAGUAUUAGUGGCAUUUUAAAUGCACCUGAGAGCACCUACAACACCCUGAACAACUACUAUAAAAAUAACGUGAAGAACGGGUUGGCGCAAUGCCUAAAACUGCAUCCAACUGCCCAGUUAAAUUACACGCUCUGUGUAACCAAGGUGAUUGGUGAUGCCAAUAAGUACACCAUUACCACACAGAAUACUUUCAAUACCAACCUGAAGAAUUCCGAGUGCACGGCUGAUAGUCGCAUUAGGAGCUCCUGGCAGUGCUCCUUUGGCCAGGUGUACUCUAUUACCUCCAAAGUGGAACUGGCGCUGCAACUCAUCGACUCCUGCAUAUCCAAUAAGAUAAUCUGCGGAUCUUUUGAAGGGGAAUCGUGUCCGAAUAAGUCAUACGUUUCUCUGUCGGAGAUCAAUCCUCGCAACGAUACCAUCCGGAAUCCCUUCAAGUUUGUAACCAAUGAUAUGAGCUGUGUUGAGGUCCUGAUCAGCAAUUAAAGUAUCAAGUAUCCUUACAUAAAUCUAAUUCAUUCGAGUGAAUGAAAAUAUACAGCAUUUAUUAAUUUGUAUAGCUUUCGAUGUUUAAAUAAAUAUAAAUAUUAUUAACAGCA